GAGUCUAACCAUCUGGCCUCUGACGCCGCUUACCAAUAGGUUUUCUUUUUACCUUUUUCCCCUUAGCCCAUUCCUGUACAAACAACGCCAUCUACAUUUUGUACAAUAAUAUGCAUUUGACAUGUUCGCUAUUUUGGGUUUGGUUUUUUAAAUCACUAACACAACAAACUCCAGUUGGCAAUAGAUUUUCCGUUUCCUUUCUCUGUUGUAUCUCUUUUGUUCCGUUUUCCUUUUCUCUCUUAACAAUACCUCCUGGUGUGUACUGUAAUGUAAGUUUAAGCUUUCAGUUGUUUUUGGUUCAUUUUAAUUCCGCUAUCAUUGUCAGGUUUUGGAGAGAGACAAAACCCACAAAAAUAUUGCAAAAUUAAGGCACUUGUUGAUUGAAACGGUUGCAUUCAAUUCCGUGUCGUGGCAUGGAAAAUAAGUUUUGGAAACGACCCUCUCAUGAUUGUUCUCAAGUUCUUGAUUUCUUCCUCAGUCACACUGUCAGAAGACGGAGCGAUGGUCAAGCUGCGACAAUGUCCGAGGCGAAAACUGAUCCCUUUCGCGGUGGCGUGCGGGCUGACCAGUGUCUGCUUAGCGCUGGGCCUACUCUCAACUCGUCAGUCCUUUAUAAGUAUCUUAGAGGAAAUGCCCCGUUUCCCCCAUGCACAGACGAAUGGCACAACAUUCAUGGAGUCUAUAAAAAGACUUGAGGAUGGCCACUUGUUUGUUUCUUUGCCCAGUGAGCAAUACUUCCACAAGGCGUCACCCGUGUUCUCUCCAUCCCCUUACCCCCUGAACCCCCUGGAUUUUCGAUUCUUGAUCCCUGCUGCGAGUGUGUGUGGCGCUGGGAAAUCAACCUUUCUUCUGCUUCUCAUUUUGUCAAAGGCCGAGGAUUUUGCGAUGCGCAACGCGAUACGUUCUACGUGGCUGGAUGCCGGUGAAAAGAACCGAUGGCCGCGGGUGAACAUCUCCGAGAGCGUGAGACACGUCUUCUUAGUCGGAAACACCCCUCAUGACAAACGUAAGGACGUGUACAGAACGUUGUUGAGGGAAGCAAUGGUUUUUGAAGAUAUUGUUAUGAUGGAUUUCGUUGACUCCUACCGUAACCUCACCACCAAAGUUCUCAUGGGAUUCAGCUGGGCACUGAAAUAUUGCAAACAGGUUGACGUGGUCCUCAAAGUGGAUUCGGACACUAUAAUCAACGUGCCCUUAAUCAUUGAGCUCGUUAGUUAUGUGCUGCGUCAGAAGAAAGCGAAGCCGUUUGUUUUGGGCUUACGCCAUUUACACCCAUUCCCAAUGGUGGUUAGAAGAGGGAAAUGGGCGGUGACGGAGCAGGAAUACCCACUCAAAUACUUCCCAGCAUAUCUAUACGGUCAUACCUAUGCUGUGACUGGCUCUGCUCUUGAUGGUAUUGUAGACAGGGCCAGACAUCUACCUUUAAUAGCCCCUGAGGACGCCUUCCUCACAGGAAUAGUGCCCAAAAGUAUCGGCAUCGAACGCAUCAGUGCUCCAAGCUUCACUACGACCGGAGAAAUUUCGGAUUGCAGACUGGUGCAUGGGGAGAAGGUAGCCUUUACAGAUCUCAGAGAGCCACUACUUUUGUACAAAGUCUGGAAAAGUUUCAUACUAAACUCAUGUAACAAAGAUGUGUUUUUGAAAUAAGCUUGAUUCUUUCUUUAAGAAAGUGACACUGGCAUACACAAAAGUAAGAAAGUGUAAGUGAGUGAACUCGAGACCGAUUUAUUACAUGUAAUUAAAUAAUGACGAAGUUGGUUGGGAGGUGCCUCUUGAAUUUACAAUCUGCUUCUUAUUUUACGUCUGCUGUUUUAAUAUGACGAUGGAGUCACAGAAGAAGAGGUCGUCUAUCGUUCCCUAGAACACAUUGGCGAGGUUUUUUUCGCGGAUUGAGCGGCCACAAAACGAAGCCACCCAUAACACAAAAUGUGGGAACAUUGAGCCGCAGUUUGUUUCGCUAAGGGCCCUGUUCGUUUUGGCUGUGACACCCUCACCUUAAUAAAAAACAAUAUGGGCAUCGCAAAAGUUUAAGCGAUUGAUUGAAUAAUAGUAAAUGUUCCUGCGCGCGGUGAAACCGGGCACUCCUCAGUUUGACAGUGGCUAUGACAAUUUUUAUUCAUCUCACAUCUAGAAAUUUGUUUUGGUCGUUUACAAUAUUAGUGGAUGUUACAAAGUUAGGUGCACUCGGGCAUGCACACAAGACAGGACGUUAGUAAAUACAUGUUUUUCGUGCUGAGACAACCCCGCUCCAUGAAACAAUCUCUCUCUCUCUCUCUCU